AUGGCACCAGUCUUGAAAAAGUACAAGGCCGCAGCAGUCAACGCUGAGCCCGGCUGGUUUGACCUCGAGGAGUCUGUCCGCCGUACCAUCCACUGGAUUGACGAAGCCGGCCAAGCUGGCUGCAAACUCAUCGCCUUCCCUGAACUAUGGAUCCCCGGAUACCCCUACUGGGCCUGGAAGGUCAACUACCAGGAGAGCCUGCCUCUGCUGAAGAAGUACAGGGAGAACAGCCUGCCCUCGGACUCGGAGGAGAUGCGCCGCAUCCGCAACGCCGCCCGCGCCAACAAGAUCUACGUCUCCCUGGGCUACUCCGAGGUCGACCUUGCGAGUCUGUACACGACGCAGGUCCUGAUCUCUCCCACCGGCGAUAUUCUCAACCACCGCCGCAAGAUCCGGGCCACCCACGUCGAGCGCCUGGUCUUUGGCGACGGCACCGGCGACACAACCGAGUCGGUGACGCAGACGGAGAUCGGCCGCGUGGGCCAUCUGAAUUGCUGGGAGAACAUGAACCCGUUCAUGAAGGCGUAUGCGGCCUCGCUGGGCGAACAGGUGCAUGUCGCCGCCUGGCCGCUCUACCCGGGCAAGGAGACGCUCAAGUACCCGGAUCCGUUUACGAAUGUGGCCGAGGCAAAUGCGGACCUGGUCACGCCUGCGUAUGCCAUCGAAACGGGCACAUUCACCCUGGCCCCAUGGCAGACCAUCACCGCCGAAGGAAUCAAGCUCAACACGCCCCCGGGUAAGGAGCUGGAGGACCCUCAUAUCUACAACGGCCAUGGUCGUAUCUUUGGCCCAGACGGACAGAAUCUCGUCCCUCAUCCGGACAAGGACUUUCAGGGCCUUUUGUUUGUUGAUAUUGACCUGGAUGAAUGCCAUCUCUCCAAGUCCCUCGCAGACUUUGGAGGUCACUACAUGCGUCCGGACCUGAUCCGACUGCUGGUCGACACCAACCGGAAGGACCUCGUCGUUCAUGAAGACCGUGUGAACGGGGGAGUUGCGUAUACUCGUACGGUGGAUCGGGUUGGACUGUCGGCGCCUUUGGAGGCCGUCAGCCAGGAGGUUGAGCAUGAGAAUCGCGCAUCACGGAUCCGAUGCGACGGCCAGGAAAAAUGUGCGAAUUGCAUUUCCCGGGAGAAAACAUGCUGCUAUGUCCCCAGCAAGCGAGGGGGAGCGAGGAUUCCUCGCAACAAGUGCAAGAGCACACCCUCGUCAUCUUCCACCGUACAGACUGUAGAUGAAAAGGAUGAAAGACGGCACGAGUCAACACCUAGUGCAGAGGGAUCAUGGAAGUCGAACAAUGAGGAUGACCUUCUCGAUCACCUCCUGAGUCUAGGGAGACCUGGUGCGGGACUACGCAGCGUCGAAAGCUCGGUGGCCGAGAUGGAGCACAUCUUUGACCAUAUCUUCGGGGCUGAGAAUCCUCCUUUCGCUGAAAGCGAUGAGCCUGUCUCGGAUCUGUUGCAGGUAUAUGGCAGCGACGAGGACAUACUCGAUGCCUACUACGUCUUCAUCCAUCUCUACUAUCCUAUCCUACCUCCUCCGGAACGACUCCCGGCAUACAAUCGUCCAAUAAAUGGAAACUCGACGUUCCGACCGUCCAGUCCGCUAAGCCUUGCCAUCUCUGCCAUCCUCGUCCUCAUCCCGCACCCCGGGAUCAAGCAACCGUCGACGGCGGAGGACACGCGGCUUCGACGAAACGCGGCCCACAGAUACGCGCAGUCGGCUCUCGAAGCAGUAGAUGCGGAUCUGGAAUUACUCGAUUCCUCGUCUGACCCGUCCAGAGCACUUAGUGACGGGGCGCAGAUGAUCGCCCGGCAACCAUUCCAUCCGAAAGUGCCCGUGCCACUCGAGGCCAUUCUAGCACUUGUACUAUUGAGUGUGUAUGAAUAUGCCCAGCGUGGGAAUAUCAGGAAGAUGUGCAAUCGGGCGGGACAGGCCUUGACUGCUGCGAUGAGCAUGUCGUUGCAUGAGAUGGUCGAGGAGGACGAAUACGCCGAGGCGCGUCGGAGAGCUUGGUGGAUUACUUAUUUGACCGUCUGUCAAGGCUCGAUAGUCAGCGGGAUGCCGGCCGCUUUCAACUUGUACGACCCACGCUUUGUGACGCCGUAUCCCGAGGGAUGGAAACUCCUCAUUGAGGCGCAGCAGACAAUCCUCGAGGCCACCACGUUCGUCCACGAUCUCGACCAGACCGUCAAAUCUCGGUUCAAAGCGUCCUGGAUCUCGAGUCGAAUGACAGAACUAGACCAUCAAAUCACGACCCUUCUUCUUCUCUGCAGAAGUUCAUCCUUAUCCACAGCUGUCUCACCGUUGGACUCGCCGGAAAAGAUAGCCUCACAGACAAUCAACCAGAUUGCGGAGAUCAAGCUGCACAGCGCUCGCAUCAAAGUCCACCGAUUCUGCGCCUUCUCGGACAUCCCCGUCUUCCGCAAACGCCACUGCGAUCUUCAACCCGAAUGCUGUGGCAUCGAGUCCGCGGAAUCCGCCAUCCCCUCGCCCCCGGAAGAUAUCCCCCUUCCAUCCAUCAUGAAGUCUGAUCUUCCCGAUCUCAACUUUCCUUUCUCCUCGCAUGCAUCGUCCAAGAUAUGUCUCCAGUCUGCGCUGAACAUCGUCACGCUGGUCGAUAACCUCCCCUACCCAAAUCCGGACCAUACCAUCCCCUUGACCCUUCCCCCGUAUCUGUCCAAUGCUUCCCGUGUAGAAAUCCCCCGAACGAUGCCGACCUUCGCCUGCUGCGUCAUGCAGUCGAGCUACGCGAUGCUGAUGCUGUAUCUCAAGGCGCGGUCCAAACAUGCCAAUAGUCCCGAGGACUCGGUGUCCGCCAAGGGUCUGUCGCUAACGGGGUUUCUGAACGAAUUGCAGCAGAAUCUCCGACUUGUGUCGAAAAUUCUGGCGAAUUAUGCGAUUGCCGCUGAGGCGUUGCAGGGCAUGAAGGCUCAGUCUUCCGUACGUGUCGCCGUCACCCAGGCCGAACCAGCAUGGCUCAAUCUCGCAGACGGCGUAGCCAAGACCUGUAGGCUCAUGACUGAGGCAGCGCGAGAAGGAGCCCAGCUCAUCGCCUUUCCCGAGUGCUGGAUCCCCGGUUAUCCAGCGUGGAUAUGGACAAGGAAUCUCGACCCGGAACUCAACAUCGAGUACAUGAAGAACUCCCUCAAGCUCGACAGCCCCGAGAUGGACCAGAUCAAAGCCUGCGCCCGCGGAAACGCCAUUGCAGUCUCCCUGGGCUUCUCCGAGUACGACCACGGCUCGGUCUACAUCGCCCAAGUCCUCGUCGGGGCAGACGGGGAGGUCAAGGCCCACCGUCGGAAGAUGAAACCAACACACAUGGAACGGACGAUUUUCGGGGACGCCUCGGGCGAAUGUUUCGACAAUGUGGUGCAACUGCCCUUUGCGCGCGUCGGCCAUCUCUCGUGCUGGGAGCAUAUCCAGCCCUUGCUCAAGUAUUAUACGUACUCCCUGCGAGAGCAGAUCCAUGUCGCGGCGUGGCCGCCUCUGUAUCCGCAUUCGGGAGGGGGAGAUCUGUGGUCUAUGUCGGCUGAGGGUUGCCAGAAUCUUUCCCGGACGUACGCGAUCGAAUCGCAGACAUUCGUCCUUCAUUGUACGACUGUUAUCUCCGACGCGGGAAUACAGAAAAUGAAGACGGGGAGUGGAUUGCUCAUGGCCACUCCUGGGGGUGGCUCGUCGGCCGUCUUUGGACCGGAUGGACGUCGAUUGACGCCAGAGGUGGAGAGCACGGUCGAGAAGAUCCUUUACGCCGACUUGGAUAUGGAUCAGAUUCUGGCGACUAAGAUGUUUGCCGAUGCGUUGGGACACUAUAGUCGGCCGGAUCUGAUGCGGUUGAGUGUGUCCAAGGAGAGGAGGAAGAGGGUAACUGAGGACGAGUAG